UGACUGGAGGGGGAACGCAGUUGAGAGAAAUAUUUUGUUUUCAGACAAAGCUUAUUUUACAUGGAUUUAAUUAAAUAAUACCAUUAUAUUGAGACAUACAAAGACAGUAAUGUGUUGAUUGAUUAGUGAGAAUAUAUAUUUUUUUACUACAGCACAUUUAAGGCAGUUUCAUUAAGUCAAACUAAAUCUAAAUAAAUAGCUAGCUACUGUAGGUCUAUACUGCUCCUACAUAGUGUAACAAUAUAUCAUGUGGGACGUUAAGGUAAUGCUGUUGUUACACUGGUGAGUAGAAACUCAUGCUUCCUACACUUUCACUUAAAUAUACUGUAACGAUCCUGGGUUUAUAUGCGCAGAAAUCGACUCUGCCGCACGAGCAUGCGCCGGACCUCGGGCUAGAAGGUCGAGGGUUCGAGACCUGGGGCCUGUUGCACAAAAGUAGAAUUAAGACAUCCGGGAUAAAUGACUCAGCUGAGCUCAAUGAAGCCAAAACAUGUGCGUCCAGGCUUAAUUGGUUGCACAAAGACCAAGCCAGGAUGAGCAGACACGGAUUCAUUAAGCCAGGUGAAACCAAUCCUGGACAGGUGCGCUCUCACGGCUCACUCAAAUAGACCCCGCCACAGAUCACAGAUUAACUGAUUUACCAUGGCAACUAGAGCCGCGUACUUUUCCCCGUCGGAAGCACAAAUCCUCAUGGAGGCAUACGAGGAGGUAAAAGAUAUAAUUAAGAAGAAAGGCAACACCGCCACAGUGAUAAAGCAAAGAGAAAAAGCGUGGCAAAGUAUUGCAGACCGCCUGAAUGCAUUAAACAUGAACGGGCCAAAACGGACAUGGCAGCAGGUCAAAAUCAAAUACAAGAACAUUCUGCAGAAUGCAGUGAAAAAGAAUACCCACAGACAAGGCACGGGUGGUGGGUCACCAAAGGCUGACCUUACCCCAGCAGAGGACAUGGCCUUGGAGCUAAAUAAAGGCAGGCCCGUCUUAGAGGGGAUCCCUGGGGGGAAAGAGACGAGCAUAGGUUCCUCCCAAGAUGCCACCCGCUUCAUUCAAGUGUCUGGCAGCACUGUGUUCCUGUUAGAGCCACCAGCACAAGCACCAGACGAUGCUGAUCCAGGUGAAGGCCCCAGUGCAGCAGCAACAGCACAUGAUGGAGACGAUGAUGAUGAUGAGGAGGAGACCAUCUCUCUGGAUUCCAGAAGGCAUGAGGACCCAGAUGCUAUACAGUGGGAAAACCAGCCUGGCAACAUAGUGCGUAUUAAUAAAAGGACACCACAUCCUGCCAAAUUCCAGCUGCGCUAAUUGUAUUGUGUUCACAGAGCUCACAAGCUAUCAGAACGUUGUAUGGCAACCACCUCCGGCGCCAAAUAGAACUGGCAGACAUAGACAUU